UUCCAGGCGGACGGUAAACAUCGAUGUACAGGAAGUCGGUACAGCGUGGAUUGUGGCUGCAUUUCCAACAUGGACAACACAACUGAAGGAAAAUGGGAUAGUUUACCCGUUAAACUUAACGACGGUAUUACGCAAACUCUCAAUGAGCUUGGAUUUACACAUAUGACACCAGUUCAGUCUGCCUGUAUUCCACUGUUUAUGCGAAAUAAAGAUGUGGCUGCCGAGGCUGUGACUGGCAGUGGAAAGACAUUGGCCUUCGUGAUUCCCAUCAUAGAGAUACUUAUAAAGCGAGAGGACAAAUUGAAGAAAAUGCAGGUUGGUGCUCUGAUCGUCACGCCGACCAGAGAGCUGGCCCUGCAGAUCAGUGAGGUGAUGGGCCAGUUCCUCCAGAAGUUCCCUCAGUUCAGACAGAUUCUGUUGAUUGGAGGGAGCAACCCCAUUGAGGAUGUGGAGAAGUUUAAGGAACAGGGGGCCAACAUAUUGAUUGCCACCCCGGGGCGUCUGGAGGACAUGUUCAGAAGGAAGGCAGACGGUCUGGACCUGGCCUUGUCAGUCAAGUUUCUGGAGGUCCUGGUCCUGGAUGAGGCUGACCGCCUUCUGGAUAUGGGCUUUGAGGCCAGUCUGAAUGUUAUCCUGGGGUACCUCCCUAAGCAGCGUCGUACAGGUCUGUUUUCAGCCACUCAGACUCAGGAGCUGGAAAAGCUGGUGAGAGCUGGUCUCAGGAACCCUGUACGAAUCACAGUGAAGGAGAAGGGCGUGGCCGCCAGCUGCACCCAGAAAACACCUGCCAGGCUCUGCAACUACUACACAAUCUGCAGAGCGGAGGACAAGUUUAACAGUCUGGUAGCGUUUCUUAGACAACACAAACAUGAGAAACAGCUGGUGUUCUUCAGUACAUGUGCGUGUGUGGAGUACUUUGGCCGAGCCUUGGAGGCCCUGAUUAAGAGCGUCACCAUCCACUGCAUCCACGGCAAGAUGAAACACAAACGCAACAAGAUCUUCUCAGAGUUUAGGAGCCUAAAGAGUGGUAUCCUGGUGUGUACUGACGUCAUGGCCAGAGGCAUUGAUAUCCCAGAAGUCCACUGGGUAUUGCAGUACGACCCCCCUAGUUGUGCCAGUGCCUUUGUGCACCGGUGUGGACGGACUGCGCGCAUUGGUAACAAAGGCAACGCCACAGUCUUCCUGCUCCCCAUGGAGGAAUCUUACGUUACCUUCCUGUCCAUCAACCAGAAGUGUCCUCUGGAGCAGAUGGCCCCAGUGAGUGACGUGGUGGAUGUUCUGCCCAAGGUGAAGGCCCUGGCUCUGGCAGACCGGGCCAUGUUCGACAGGGGCAUGAGGGCAUUCGUCUCCACCGUACAGGCCUACGCCAAACACGAGUGCAGCCUCAUUUUCAGGGUCAAAGAUCUGGACUUUGUUGCGCUGGCCCGUGGCUUCGCCCUCCUCCGCAUGCCCAGGAUGCCCGAGCUGAAAGGGAAGAACUUCCCUGACUUCAUAGAAACGACCAUAGACACAGACAAUAUCCGCUACAAGGACAAGCAGCGGGAGAAGCUGAGGCAGAAGCUGCUGAUUGAGCUAAAGGAGAAGAGGGAGGAAAGGGCCGCUGCCCCCAAGAGACACAACGAUAAGAACAAAGCCUGGUCCAGACAGAAGAACAGGAAGGACCGCAGGAGGAAGACUGCUGCCAAGAGGAACCGGGAUGAGGGCUCGGAAAUGGACGAUGAGGACAUGAAGGAGCUGUUGAAGGACACUCGUCUCCUGAAGAGAUUGAAGAAGGGACAGAUCAGCGAGGAGGACUUUGAGAAACAGGUGACAGCAGGACCGAAGAGCCAGAGGAAGACAGCAGCAGGCCCCUCAGAGGACCCACCCAGCUCAGCGGGAGAGGAGGACGAAUGAAACAACACACCUGUCAGUGUUUCCCCCCGAUGUUCUAGCAGCAGGUCAGGCUGUCCCACCUGGCCCUGUUUACCAUGGAAAAAAACAGAACAUGUUAUAUUUUAGGGGGGCCUUUAUGCCCCGCCUACAGAACAACCAUAGGGGAAAUACUGCCUGUUACAAUAAGACGCAGGUCAGAACCACCCAUUGAACUUUGAAUACACUUUUAAAAUAGAGCCAACUGUUUUACAUCUAUUAUUCCGUUAUGAACCAGAGAGAUACAUCACCUUUCAGGAAUGUUAUGUAUACAGUGUAAAGUUAUGCGUAUCGCCAUAUUUUGUAAUUAACAAUCUAUAAAAGAUACAAACUGAUCCCA